AUGGCCGUCGCACGCUCGAUGCGCCGCACGAGCCCAAUCAGCCUCCUGCUAGCAGCACUUUUAGCAUUCGGCUUCAUUUGCUACAUGCUCAAUCCCAUGACACCCUCCGCAUCAACAUCCGCAUCCGCCGCAUCCUCACAACAACGACAAGAAAACGCCGCCGAACACCCCCUCUCCCCACCCACGAAACCCUUCUUCAAAUCCCCAGCCAUCCGCAGCGAUGGCCACCAAGCCGCACCCCCAGUCGUGCACUACAACCUCAACAGCCUAACCAGCACGGCGAAUUCCGUCGCCAACGGCGAGCGGGUCCUGAUCCUCACCCCGCUAGCCCGCUUUUAUCAAGGAUACUGGGAUAACCUGGAGAAAUUGAGCUAUCCCCACGAGUUGAUCUCGCUGGGCUUUAUAGCCCCGAAAACAACCGAGGGCAAUGCUGCUGUCGCCGCGCUGGAGAAGGCUAUCGCGAAGACUCAGUCUGGGCCUAUUGAUAGUCGGUUCGCGAGUAUCAGUAUCCUGCGCCAGGAUUUCGAACCACCACUCACAUCCCAGAAUGAAAAGGAACGGCAUAAACUCGGCGCGCAGAAGGAGCGACGUGAGUCGAUGAGUCGGGCGCGGAAUAGUCUCGUCUUUACAACACUCGGUCCGGCCACUUCUUGGGUUCUCUGGCUAGACGCCGAUAUUGUUGAGACGCCUGCCUCUCUCAUCCAAGAUUUGACGAGCUUCGAUCAACCCGUCAUUGUGCCGAAUUGUUUCCAGCGGUAUUACGACUCCUCGAAGCGGAAGUGGGAUAUACGGCCGUACGACUUUAACUCGUGGGUUGAUAGUGAGCAAGCGCAGAACCUCGCUGCGGGAAUGGGCCCUGAUGAGAUUUUGCUGGAGGGGUAUGCGGAGAUCCCGACGUAUCGCACGUUGAUGGCUUACCUGCCUGAUUUCAAGAAGCUUAAUCCUAAUAAGAUGCUUGCGCUUGAUGGGGUUGGGGGCACGGCGCUACUGGUUAAGGCUGAUGUGCAUCGGGAUGGAGCAAUGUUCCCUGCUUUCCCUUUCUUUCAUCUUGUUGAGACCGAGGGCUUUGCGAAGAUGGUUAAGAGGUUGGGGUAUGAGGUUAUUGGGUUGCCGGAUUACUUUGUUUACCAUUAUAACGAGUAA